UUGCCGACGGACCCGUUGCCCUGGGACCUGUGUUCCGUCCCCUUUAGGGACCCGGUGGAAUAAUGGAGCCUGGUUGUAUGGGGCCGGUUCGGGGAGGCUUCCUGGCCUGCGCUUGCUUCUUCACCGACAAUCUCUUCGUUCCCCGCUACGGUCUCCACGUUCGCUACUGGGGUGACCGAGAGCAGCUGCGGAGGGAUUAUGGACCGGCCUUAAGAGAACGAGGCUGUCAAAAUGAGGAAGAAUUUGAAGCUGUUGUCCAAGAGGUUGAAAAGGAGGUGCGGAGGAGGAAGGAAUUAGGUCGCCAGUCUAGAGAAAGAAAGAACACCAUUUCCCAGAGCUACAGAUCAAAGCAUCCUCAGCUGUAUGCUUUACAGGAUUCAUUUCUAGCACCAGUUUUUUUAGAAGCGGUCAAAUACUGCGCAUCCAAAGGUGCUGAUCUCCAAGGCCUCCUGAGACAUGUGGAAUCUAUAUCAGCUGAGAAGAGAAUCUAUCGACUCCCGGUAUUUACUGAGGAAUUCUGCCAAGCUUUCAUUGAGGAGCUGGAGAACUUUGAGCAGUCAGAGAUGCCCAAAGGGAGGCCCAACUCCAUGAAUAAUUACGGGGUUCUCCUCAAUGAACUUGGCCUGGAUGAAGCUCUCAUCACCCCUCUGCGUGAGAAAUACCUGCAGCCCAUCACAGCUCUGCUUUACCCAGACUGCGGGGGAGACUGCUUGGACAGCCACAAGGCCUUCGCCGUGAAGUACGCUUUGCACGAAGACCUGGACUUGAGUUCCCACUACGACAACGCGGAAGUAACCCUCAACGUCUCCCUGGGGAAAGAAUUCACCGAGGGCAACCUCUAUUUUUCCGAUUUCAGACAGGAUCCCAAUCCUGUGCCGAAGUACAUUGAAGUGGAGCACGUGCCCCUUCAUGGAUUGUUUCACCGGGGAGGGCAGAUCCACGGGGCCCUUCCCAUUGCCUCUGGGGAGCGCUGGAACCUGAUCGUCUGGAUGCGAUCGUCCGCUGUCCGGAAUCAGCUCUGCCCCAUGUGCAACAGGGUGCCCGAGCUGGUGCCAGCAGAGGGAUUUGGGGAUGGGUUCACCAGGAGCCCCCGAGAGAGACAGCCCGAAACGGUGGACGUCUGCUCCUUAACGUAGGAAGAGGAUGCGGAGCAACUGACUUCAAUAAAGACAUUGCCAGUGGGAUGCAAAAAUGAUCUUGGCAGUCACUGUAAACAUGUUUUCUUUGGAGCAAGCCAGGAUUGAACUUUAAAAAAAAACAAUACACACAUUCAAACACUGAACACAUUAUAGCCCAGGCAAGAAAAGGAGAGCUGGUCUUGUGGUAUCAAGCAUGACUUGUCCCCGUAGCUAAGCAGGGUCUGCCCUGGUUGCUUAUGAAUGGGAGACGAGAAGUGUGAGCACUGCAAGAUAUCCCCCUCAGGGGAUAAUGGGGCCGCUCUGGGAAGAACAGAAGGUUCCAAGUUCCCUCCCUGGCAGCUUCUCCAAGAUAGAGCUGAGAGAAAUUCCUUCCUGCAACCUUGGAGAUGCUGCUGCCAGUCUGUGAAGACAAUACUGAGCUAGAUAGACCUAUGGUCUGACUCAGUAUAUAGCAGUUUCCUAUGUUCCUAUGUUGAGGGAGAUUCCACACCAACCAGCCUUAUUACUGGGCUUUGACUAGCAGACAAGAUUUUCUUGUUUGAGACCACAACACUCAACACAGCUCUGUUAACCAGGGGCCACACCACAUGAGUGACAGAGACCUAGGAGCCUGUGGUACACCUGGGAAAGAGCUGUGGGUCUGGCUAUAGCUUAGUCAGGGCUUUGUUUAUUACCAUUUAUUACUACUACUGCUACUGCUACUGCUACUAUAUUGUUAUCCCUCUCUUCCUCCAAGAAGCCCAGAGCGGUGUACUACCUACUUAAGUUUCUCUUUCACAACAACCCUGUGAAGUAGGCUAGGCUGAGCAGCCCUGCUAUAGAGAGAUCCCCUUUGCCAUCUCCCCUACUGCACGGACAGCAAGACGUGUCCUGAUAAUGGUGCUCCCCUUAUGUAUCCCAACGGCUGACUUCCGCAUUUCAGCCAAGGCCCAGACAAACAGGAAUGAGCAACUGGUUGGAUGCAAUUUACUUGCAGCUCAGAGGGCAAGGAGAAGUCCAUUGGUGGUGAGAGAGAGGGUUGGCAGCAGUGCUGAGAUUUAGCGUAUCUAGAAGGCUGCCCUCUUUGGUAUUACCUGUGUGUGAAUUUACCCAGUCUAUGUGAUGAUGAUUGAAGUCACCGAUUAUUACAGCUCUGUCUCUCGUUGACACUUUGCCGAUUUCCUUCUCCAGCUCCAGGUCAACCUCAGCAUUUUGAUCAGGAAGGCAAAAGCACAUCCCUACAUUUACAAAUGAAAUAUAUUUCAUUUUAGGCCUUGUAUUAUCACACACAGUUUCUCUGUGGAAGACUCUAGUCCUCCUGGGUUUUCUAGUUUGUUAGAUUCUAUCUUUUCUUUAUCAUACCAUGCUGCUCCGCCCAGACUCUGUCCCUCCCUGUCCUUUCUAUAGAGUUUAUAUCCAGGAAUAAAGUUUAUAUCCAGGAAUAAUAAAGUCCCACUGGUUCUCACCUUUCCACCAA